GCCAACUGUCUCAAUGCACCAGGCGCCGACCGCGUCAUGAUUGUGCUCAAGACUGGCGCAUCAGAAAUCUACGCGAAACUGCCAACCCAUCUCAUCACUCUGUUCAGAUGCACCCAUCACUACCUGAUUUUCUCGGACCUGCCCCAGACUUAUGCCGAUUAUCAGAUUCAUGAUGCUCUGGCUACCGUCAGUGACACUUACAAGAACGACCAUGAGGACUUUGAAUUCUAUCGAAAGCUACAAAAGUAUCACCGCGAAGGUCAGGAUGUAUCCAAGCUGAAGGGUGACAAAGGAUGGAAUCUCGACAAGUGGAAGUUCCUCCCCAUGAUGCACGAGUCGUAUCGAUUAGCUUCUCCUGACGUUGACUGGUUUGUAUACAUCGAAGCCGACACUAGUGUGAGCUGGACCAAUCUGCUGCAAUUUCUGGGAAGAAUGAAUCCAAAGAAGCCUUUGUAUCUAGGUGCGCAGAAUGUCGUUGGUCCUACCACGUUCGCUCAUGGCGGCUCUGGGUUCAUCAUCUCUCGUGCUGCAGUCAAAAAGAUGGAGGAUCGUAGGAAGCAAAUGAGUGCCAGGAAGUACGACGAUAGGUGGGAGCUGUCGACGAGUCUUUCUUGCUGCGGUGACGAAGUUGUCGCACGUGCACUGAUGGAAGUCGACGUUGAAUUGACACCAUCCUGGCCGCGUCUCCAGGGUGAGAGGGUGCAUACACUUGACUGGACUGGAAAGCAUUGGUGUACUCCUGCCAUCACCUGGCACCAUGUCACUCCAUCACAGGUUGACAGCAUGUGGCGGUUCCAGAACGAAUGGGUAAAGAAGAACGGAUGGUCAGAGCCUUAUCUCUACCGCGACGUAUACGAUGGCUUUGUGGCUCGGCAUGUCUCCGUCAACCGUACUCACUGGAACAAUAUCUCCAAAGACAAAGAAUUUAUUGCACCAGCUGAGGAUGCUGAUGAAAAUUCGAAGAAGGCUUGGGAAGGAUUCUGUGCUGAAGCUUGUCUCGCUUGGAACGAUUGUUUGCAAUGGAUGCACGAAGAUGGGGUUUGCAAGCUGGGCAAGGAUAUCAGGCUAGGA